AUAUCACAAAUGUUUUUCUUUCGAAAGCAACCAUGCGUUGAUUGGUGCAGCAGUUGUCAUUCAGUUUAUGUAAAUAAAUAAAUAGCAAGUGUAUUUCGAUUGCUGAUGCAUUCAAUAUACAAAUUCUUUUCAUAAUUUAACAUAAUUAACUCUUGCAAACGUAAAAACAUUUGAAAUGAUUCAAUCCGCCACAUCAUAUGCGACAACUAAGUACGCAGAGCAAGAAAAUAAACAUUUCACUUUGCAACAACCAACACCUGCAUUAGCAGUAGCAAUAACAACAAUAAGAACAAGCAAAAUUAUAGAUGCAACUCCAACGGAUACGGAUAUUGAACAAGAUAAUAGUAAACAUUUCAUUUUAAUACCUUUUGCAGUUCUUUUGUUAAUAGUAGCAUUAUCAGCACUGGUAUUCUUAAUUGGACGGAAUCGACGGCGCCUCGCACAGUCUUACUGUCGUCGAAGGAGCGAAUAUAGGUACAAAUUCGAAGAUGAUUCCAAUUCGCAACUGGAACGUGGGUACAGUUAUGACUUCGACGAUCCAAGUGAAUGCUUGCUGAGAGGAAAACUGCAAAUCGAUAAUGUGUGUGAUAUAUAAAAAAGAAAAAUCGGCUGAAGUAUUUAAAGAAAACUAGUAUGAAUGAAUCUACACAAAAAUAUCUUCCAUUCUCACCGUUACGACAGCACACUACGAAAUGGAAUUUGCACUUAAGUAUAUGCCAGAGAGUUUGACGACCUAAAGCGUUCAUGUUUCUAACUUCUUUAAUGCACGCAACGUUCUUUUAUCGCUCAUUAACACAAUGGCGCAUAUACAUAUUCAUACAAAGCUGUGAAAUUGCAUUUUUUCACUUCUAAAUACGCUAAUUCAAACGACAUUAUCAAAGCAUGAAUGUUGAAAAUAGUCGAUGUAUUAUCUUGUCUUAAUAAUUCACCAGCAAACUACAAAGUUACUAAAAAUAAAUAUUUAAUAAUAUACAUGUAUUGUCUUAGGAAUAAUCAAA